AUUACACCCUCGGUAUAAACAUAACCUCACUUUUUGCAUUCAAACAACUCAAAAUAAACCAUGACUGAAACCCCAAAACCCCCGAUAAACAUCAUGGAGCUGUUCCAAACCCAAGAAAUUGUUAAAAUUUGUGCCCCCAUGGUGCGCUACAGCAAACUCCAGUUCAGAAAUCUGGUUAAAUCGUACAAGUGCGACCUUUGCUACACCCCCAUGAUUCUCGCAGACUCGUUUUGCAAGAGCCACAAAGCAAGGAACAACGAAUUCACGACGAAUUUGAACGAUCUACCCCUGAUAGCGCAGUUUGCGGCCAACACGGUGCACGAUUUCGUGGGGGCGGCGUACUUGGUAUCUCCGUUUUGUAAUGGGGUGGAUUUGAACUGUGGGUGUCCACAGAGGUGGGCCAAACAGCAAGGACUGGGGUGCAUUAUGUUGGAAAAACCCGAGUUAAUUUAUGAUUUGGUGCGCCAGUGUAGAAAUUCGGUGGCUAAACCAUUUACUGUUAGUGUAAAGAUGAGGCUGAAGAAGGAGCUACGGAAGAGCGUCGAAGUUUGCCAACAGUUGGAGAAAUGUGGGGUUAGUUUUUUAGCAAUGCAUGGUCGGACUCCUGAUCAGUUAACAGGUGAUGUGAACACACAAGCUCUAGCUCAGAUUGUGGACAGUGUCCAGAUUCCAGUGGUGGCGAAUGGAGGGGUGAAAUCGUUAAAAGAGUGUGUGGAUUUACAGGAAAUAACAAAGUGUAAAGGGGUGAUGGUCGCCAACGGGCUUCUCACCAACCCCACGCUAUUCACGGGUACCGCCACCACAACCACCGACUGUAUUCAAAGGUGGCUCAACAUUUGCUACAAUACCACCCUUGAUUCCAAAGACAUCUACAAAACCCCCACAAUACAAGAAAAACCGUCAAACUUAACAUUCCAGUGUUUUCACCACCAUUUAGUAUUUAUGUUGGAGAAAAUUCUCUCCAAACAAGAGAAACGAAUUUUUAAUAAUUUACAAAAUUUUGGGGAUGUUAUUUUAUUUAUCAAGGAGAAAUUUGGGGUUGUACCUCAGUUAUUUGAUAAUGAUGAGUUCGAACAAACCAGAAUUUUAGAUUUAGAUUAUGCGAAUAGAGGGGACGUGUAUUUGGACCUUAAACCUGAUGGUGCUAUGGAUAGAGGAGCCGAUUUUUUGUAUGAUUAUAGCAGCGAAGGGAAAUAUUUUAAAAAUAAGGUCCAAGAUGACUGUGAUUGGUCAGAUAUUUUUCUAGAGAAUGGAUGAAUUAAUAGAAUAAAAACGAAAA